GCGUCUCUCGGCUAUGCUUUCGGCAGUUGGUGGUGGCGGCAGGUACGCUCGCAAUCCGCGGUUCACGCACCUCGCCGACGCGCUGAGAAGCGAGUGUCGCGCGACGGACAGCCGUAGUCGGGCGGGCGUUUUCGCUUUCUAAUCUCUGGGCAGCGCGACCACGGCCCCGCAACACACAUGUUCGCGUUGCGCUAGUUUUUUUCGACCCGCGCGCGAUUAAGGACGUGGUGGUUUUACGCGUUUCGCGUUGCCGUGUGUGAAUUCACCGUGAUAAGUUGCAAAAUUGCGAUAGGGGCCUCGGAAAGAAUGACCGGAAAAGUGAGCAAAUUUGUUUCGAUUCAAAAUGUGCGCAGAUAAAAAUGAACGUAGGGCUGGAAUCUACAAGAACGUAAAAACUAUCGAAAUUCGACUGAACGAGGCGUAAUGUAGACGAACGAAAGUAUAUUUAGUGAAAAGAUACAAUGUCCAAGAGACACUCGACGGUCAGCUUCACCAAGUCAGACUCAGCCAACUACAAUGAACCAGAGCAGCAAUCCUCUGAUGUCUUUGAUGAAGACACUGCUCAGCUUUCAUUUGCGCCACAGCUGCAGAUGUACCUGGCACGUCUGUCGCAGGAAUCCGGCUGCUGGGGCAAGUGUUUCCCAAUUCCCUUCGAGCGCGCUGCUGGCAAGUCGUGGUGGGAUCCAACAUUUGAUUCGGAUGAUUUGGAGGAGCAGUACAGGACCAGUUCAGCCACUCACAACAGACUUAAGUUCAGAUACGCCCUGUGGUACAUCCUCUUAACAUCGUUGUCAUGGCUGGCGUAUUUUCUAAUCACGUGCUGGUCGUCUUCUGCAUCCAAACAGUACUGGUCAAUAUCUUGCACUGUUCUCGCCACUUUAAUGCUCCUUGUUGUGAUUGUCCUGCUGUUGACGCAUACCGAGUUCUUUGCCUCAUAUAUGCUCUCGAUCUCGUUAAUCGUUGCCAUUUCCUUAUGUGUACUCAGCUUGCUCUUCGUGUCGCUCAUAUCAUCGAAUGUCAUAUUUGGAGAAAUGGGCAAACCACCGGAUAUAUCACCAUUGGGACAAUUUUCAAUCUGCACCGAAGUCCUGCUAUUGAUAUAUACGGUCAUGCCGCUAAGAUUAUACAUUUCGAUCUUGUUGGGAAUUGUUUACUCGGUCUUAUUUGAGUUGCUGACCUACAGUUUCAACGAGCAGGCUUGUGAUGGUGUCACCGUUGUUGUACGCUGCAUGGCGCACACCUGUAUCCAUUUAAUAGGCCUGCACAUCCUCAUCAUGACGAAUGUCCGCCUUCGUAACACGUUCAUGAAGGUUGGACAAAGUUUACUUGUGCGACGCGAACUAGAAUGCGAAAAGCGAUUGAAGGAAAAAAUGAUCGAAUCACUAAUGCCGCCGAAAGUUGCAAGUUGGUUACUCAACGAAGACGAAAACUUAACGCGCAGUGGGAUGGAACCGAGAAAUUCGAAUGGCGGGGCUGAUUCUCAUGACAUACAAACAUUAUUUCGACCAUUCAAUAUGAACCGUGUUGAGAACGUUUCCAUACUGUUUGCUGAUAUUGUGGGUUUCACAAAGAUGUCCAGCUCGAAAAGCGCCGAAGAACUCGUAGAAAUUCUGAAUAAUUUAUUUCAGCGUUUUGACCUAUUGUGCAAAUUCCACAAUUGCGAGAAAAUCUCCACCUUAGGAGAUUGUUAUUAUUGUGUCUCGGGAUGUCCGGAACCACGACCGGAUCAUGCGCAAUGUACGGUCGAGAUGGGCUUGAGCAUGAUCGAGGCAAUAAAACAAGAAAAAAACGAAGGUGUUAAUAUCCGCGUGGGUGUGCACACCGGCACCGUACUUUGUGGAAUUGUUGGCACGCGGCGUUUCAAGUUUGACGUUUGGAGCAACGAUGUCACUUUGGCUAACCGGAUGGAAUCCACGGGGAAACCAGGUUUUGUGCAUAUUUCGGAAAAUACGUGCAAGUUUCUUCCAGAUUCUUAUUUUCUAGAAGAAGGUGAACAGAUUUUUGGUCUCAAAACAUUUUUUGUUACCGGAAGAAAAACGGAACGUUUGUCUUCAUACAAUGGGAGUUUUAAGGGUAUUGAUAGACCUCAACCAAAUUCGACUUCAUUACAACUUGUUGUUUCCCCUCCUACGUCACCUCCAUCCAUUUCACCGCAUACGCGACCACGCGUACUCUCUUGUUGUGACGCGCCCACUGCAUCCUCACUCCUCAAACCACAACAAUUAUACAAUCCCUCCCUGCUAUCACCCGAUACGUGUAAAAUCAAGGCCAGUAGUUUGCCGAGCAUCCUUGACUCAGACAACGAACAGGAUCAGGAACCGACCGAGAAAAAAGAUGAAAACAUUAAAACGCCAACGUCGACGGCAUCAUCGGGGCGGUAUUCGGUGAAAUUGAAAAACUGGAAAAUUCCAAAAUUCCUACGUAAAGGAUCCGAAAGUGGCGGAAAACCGGAAUGUGUGAUUUCGCAGGAUUGCCCGUCACGCAGCUCCACGGGCGAUGACAAUGCAUUCAUGCAACCACCUGAAAAUACAACUGGCUACACGCAAAUACCGAUGAUCAUUGAGACGAAAAACGACAAUCCCCCGAUUAUGGCCGAAUUAAGUGUGGCAGCAUCGAGCGGUUUGUAUUUACACGAGCCAAAGGAUUACAUUGACGUGAAGAGUUACAUCAGUCAGUCUCGCAGCGACGUUGGACAAUUUGAUUAUUCGCCGAGCGAGUUUUCGCAUUUCAUCAGAACGGGUAGUUAUCGAAGUCAAUAUGGCCGCUCACCGAACGAGUUCUCGUUUCUAAGUCGAGCCGGUAGCAACCGAUCUAAACGCGAAAAAUCACCAAUCAAUGAUCUCAUGCCAUCGGAAAGGGCGAGGAGUGCGACUGUAACCGUUGGGCAAUUGGAGCGUCACAAAAAGAGCAGUUUGGAUGUACCUGGUGGAAGAUUAUCAGGUAUGAUGAUUGAUGAUCAAAUCAGUACUGGACCAUCAGUAAACAGCAGAAAGGAUUCAGGGAUCAAGAGUAAUAGCAGACGAAGUAGUAUAAUGCAGAUUGAAAACCGCUUGCCAUCAACCAGUGACUCCUUUCACCAUCGCGUUAGUGGUUACUUCACCUCUAGUCAGUCGAGCAUUAACUCUCCUCAAUAUUCCUCUCGUCUACCAGGUCCUUUUCCAGCAAAGUGCAAGAUUCAAAGUUUACGUAAACAAUCUGAUCGACAAUUGAUCAAGUGCGUGCAGGACAACUCCAAGUCACGUCGUUCGUAUUUUAUAAAACCACCGCUCUGUCCGAUUAGUUUAUUCUUCUGUAACAAAAAAAUGGAGCACGAUUAUCGCGCGAAUGUACAUGCCAUGCACACUCCGACAGACUCUCUGCCCACACUGGCCAACACAACGCUGAACACGUACUUUGAUAUUUUUGUCUCCGCGUUGAUAUUUUUUAUUGUCUCCACCGGGCUGUUCUUACUGUACACUCCGUCACCGCUCUGGAUCUGUACGUUUUGCAUAUUCGUUUUGAUCCAGCUAUGCGCGGUUGCCAUUUGUUUCCCCCGCGUGGGUUUCCUUUGUGAUUUUUAUCUCAAUUUUAUUCAGAAGUGGUAUCGCUGGAACGCUUUCGGCGGUAUCUUAGUAAGUCUUCCGUUGAUUUCCGUGUUGGUCAACUUCAACUGCCCGAAAAUCCUCCAGAACGAUUUGAUGAUGGGGGAAUAUUUAUACGGCUUCCUGCUCUUUGUAGGGCUCAUUCACUUUUGCAACUUUAUUCAACUGAACUGCUGGAUGAAGAAUCUGUUAGCAACGUUGUGUUGUACUUGUUUUAUUGGUGGAAUUUUAAAUUGUCCACUGGACGACGAGAAUUUUAAUCAGUUUUUAAACUUUAGCACCAACAAUAACGGCAGUGAGUUUAACACCACGGGAGUGAUCAACGACCAUAGCCGCAUUCAGAAUUUGAAUUUUAUCUUCGAUUCUGAGAUAUUGAUGGAUUUAUUAUUAUUGCUAGUGCUGGUAUGGAUUUUAAAUCGAGAAUUUGAAAUUUGUUAUCGAUUGAGUUUCCACGCUAAUUACGUGGCUAACCGUGAUCGGUACCACGUGCAGAGUCUGAAGAAUCAAGCAGAUUGGCUGAUAUACAACAUUGUGCCGGAGCACGUGGCCGAGCUGCUCAAGAAAAAUGCGAAAUAUUCGGAGAAUUUUAAAAAUGUUGCUAUUAUUUUUGCCAGCAUCGUAAAUUUUAACGAGAUGUACGAUGAGAGUUAUUUAGGUGGGAAGGAAUUUUUACGAGUGCUUAACGAACUUAUUGGAGAUUUCGACGAAUUAUUGACACUGCCACGUUUUCAAAGCGUGGAGAAAAUUAAGACGAUUGGAAGCACAUUCAUGGCGGCCAGUGGGCUCAAUUCCAAAAUGCGUUUACAACAAAAUGAUGAACAUGACCACCUCUUUGCUCUUAUGGACUUUGCAAUCGCCAUGCAAAAGGUCGUCGAUAAUUUCAACCGAAACCUAUUAGAAUUCAACCUGAUUCUACGCAUCGGUUAUAAUUUCGGCGACGUUACUGCUGCUGUGAUCGGUAAAACGAAAUUAUAUUACGACAUUUGGGGAGAUGCGGUAAAUGUGGCAUCGCGCAUGGACUCAACCGGCGUCAAUGAUCGCAUCCAGGUGGGUGAGCACUGUCUGGAUAUUCUUCGGCAGCGAUACGAAUUUGAGCACCGUGGAUCUGUCUAUGUCAAGGGCAAAGACAACAUGAACGUGUAUUUGUACUCGCACAAGUUGCACGACAUCGACGCCGACGAUAUCGUCGAGAUGUGAACAUUCCGAAUGUUGUUCUUUUUAAAUACUCAUCAUUGUUAUUUAACGGUGCAUUUUGGAAAAGUACAAAACAUCAGUUCGGUUAUUUUUAUAUAUCUAUAUAUUUUAUUAUUCUCAUGGGAUUUACUAGCGAAAAAUUUUCAUAGUGCAAGAGUUUUAACACUACUAACAUUAAUUUCUUAAAACAGAAGUGAAACUGAAAUCGAUUCUUGCCAGAGCACAAAUUUAAAAAUCAAAAGACUGCUUUGCUUUUAUUUAUUAACACGUUGAGCGUUUAUGAUAAUUUGCUGAAGUUUAAAAUGAAACCAAAUUGUGACCAAAUACUAAAAAGCUUGUUAGAGACGAAAGUAAAACGUGGACCAUUUUAUAUAUUGUAAAAUUGAACUAUUUCAAUAGUUAGGGAUUUUUGUAUUGUUGCACGAAUGCAUACAGUAUAUUAUAACCGUACCAACUAAACUAUUCCAAUUUGAUAAUGGAGUUUUGUGAUUGCCAUAAUAGAAUUUUAGAGUGCAUUAAAGACAAUUGUGUAUAGGCCGAGUGGGUGGACGUACGUUGAGAUUGAAGUUGAUUUAUAUAUGUAUAUAUAUAUAUUACUAGUCGAAUAUUAUAGUAGAUAAUAUUCCUGAAAUUUCAACAAUAUUGUAUAAUUGUGCAGACGUACAUAUGAUGGCGGACUGCGCAUAAGUUAAUGAUUUUUUACUAUUUGAUACUGAAGUGACCGACACACCAAACAAAUAUUUAUGAAAUGAAAACGACGACAAAUACCGAAGGAGAUUAAUAAUGAUUAAAGAUCCAAACCCUAACAUUCCAGAGCUCUUAAUUGGCAACAAAAGCAUCUAAUGUAAUCUGUUAUUUAAUGUUUUCUCUCGGGUCCUACAACAACAUUUUACAUAAAGUGCCUUUCUAUGAACAAGAAACAAAUUAUACCCUUUGUUGCAUUGUCAGGGAUAUAUAUUAAAACAUGAGGUACGGGAGGAAUAUAAUAGAAAAUUGCCUUUCUAACAUAUAACGCGUAAGUAAAUCACAAAUAUAAUGAAUGUAUUUGUCUUGGGAUGCCAUGCACUUAUUUAUUGAAGCAUUUACGUUUUUGCGUUGAUAUUACAUUGCAGGGUGUCACAUGAAAAAAAAUUGAUGUAUGUAGGCGAUAUUUUAUAACUUUAUGAUUGGAAAGUUGAACAUUUGAAUUACGUAAUUUUCACAAACUAAUUUGUACAUACAACUAUAUGCUAAAACAAAUAAAAGUAAAAUAGAUCCUUUUUUAAGUUUAA